AACAGAUGUUAUGAUUCUAUAUAAAAGGGCUGUUGUAUCUCCAGGAGGAGGACUCCUCUCCCUACAUGUAAAGCUUCUCCACCCUAAGAUGGAGAAGAGGCAACUGAGAAAAGACAUUGCAGCUCUUUUGGGUGGAUACAUUGGCCAAAAACUCAGAGAGAAGGGCUUUGAUCCCAAGGGGAAAGGAUCAUCCACCAUGCUAGAUGACCUGGCCCAUUAUGACUUGGCUAUAAGUGUUGCCCUUUGGUGGUUGGACAGAGAGGAGGGGACAGAUUUAAUGGAUAGGGACAUCAUUGGAACGAGCAGCUCAGGACAUGACCCAUACCCCAACCAUCUGGAGAGAGAAGCCAUGAUCCUCUCCUCCUUUGCUGGCAUGAUCUUAGAUAGCCUGCCCGUGAGGGACAUUCUAGCCAUGUACAGCUGCAAACCGUCUGCCUCUUACCCCCAUCAGCAUUCUAAGAGCUCCAUUGUUCACCCUUUCACCUUGUCCUACCAUCCAUUUGCCAUGUUGGGCUCCUACAAGGCCAUAGAUCAUUCCAGAAAACACACCCAAAAGUUGAAGCGGUGGCUUUCUGAGAAGACUAAAGCAAGAGUUGCUACUGGGAGGAGGGCCUCUUUGCCAUCUUCUUCUUCCUCAUCCACAUCCCAUUCCUUCUUCAGUGACAGCAGUGACUCUCUCAAAGGACAAACAGAGCAUUAUGAUGGAUCCAAAGAGUCCCUGACCCUGCCUGACUGA